GCCAAUGGGCCCCGCGGGGGGCGUGGCCUCGGCUUCCAGAGAGUUCGGAGAGCGGAGCGGAGAGGCGCACGUCGGAAGCGAAGAAGAUGGUGAAGGAGACGGGCUACUACGACCUCCUGGGCGUGCGGCCGGGAGCCAGUCUGGAUGAGAUCAAACGGGCCUAUCGGCGCUUGGCCCUGCGCUACCACCCUGACAAGAACCCCAGUGAGGGCGAACGGUUCAAACAGAUCUCCCAAGCCUACGAGGUGCUGUCGGACACCCACAAACGGGCGCUCUACGACCGCGGCGGCGAACGGGCCAUGAAGGAAGGCGGCCUGGGGAACCGAGGAGGAGGGAGCGGUGGCUUCGGUUCUCCUAUGGAUAUCUUCGAUCUCUUCUUCGGAGGAGGAGUACGGAUGCGCAACCGAGCAGACAGACGAGGGAAGACGGUGGUACACCAGCUCUCUGUGUCACUGGAGGACCUCUACAACGGCGCCACACGCAAACUGUCACUGCAGAAGAACAUCAUCUGUCGGAAAUGUGGAGGUUGUGGAGUGCGGGAAGGUGCCCAGAGGAGAUGUCCAAAAUGCCACGGCUCCGGCAUGGAGGUCCGAAUCCACCAGCUGGGACCCAGUAUGAUCCAGCAGAUCCAGACAGUUUGUUCCCAGUGCCAGGGCCAAGGCGAGUGGAUCCGACCUCGGGAUUGCUGCCUCACCUGCAACGGCCGCAAGGUCGUGCGGGAGAAGAAGAUACUCAACGUCCACCUGGAUAAAGGCAUGAAGGAUGGACAGAAGAUCACCUUCCAUGAGGAAGGGGACCAGGUUCCUGGCCUGGAGCCUGGGGACAUCAUCAUUGUCCUGGAUCAGAAGGAACACCCUAUUUUCCGACGCAGUGGUGAUGACCUCAUCGUCAAGAGGGAGAUCAGCUUGGCAGACGCUCUGUGCGGCUGCCGGCAGGUUAUCCGCACCCUGGACAACCGGACUCUGCUCAUCUCCUCCCAGCCAGGUGACGUUAUCCGACCUGGAGACCUGAAGUGUGUCCCCAACGAGGGGAUGCCCAUCUACAGGAGCCCCUUCCAGAAGGGAAAACUCAUCGUGCAGUUCCAGGUGAAGUUUCCCGAGCCCGGCUGGCUUCCCACCGACCGCCUGCGCCAACUCCAGGCCUUCUUCCCACCCCAGGAGGAGGUGAUGGCCACCGAGGACACGGAGGAGGUGGAGCUCAGCGACUACACGGCCCACAACGGCCCAGGUCGGCGACACUACAAUGGUGAAGCCUACCAUGAAGAUGAUUUCGAAGACGGUUCCCGCCAGCACGUCCAGUGCCAGACCUCGUAGCCAGGGUGGUUCGGAGCCGGGCUCAUCCCACGGGGCGCAAGGCAGGGCUUGGGGCCACUCGGCGAGGAAGGGGGCUCGGAGAGCCCUCGCUUUCAGGGAUGUACAUAGGUCGCCUUUCCGACAGCACUUAAACCUCCUUGGCUGCCCUGGAGCCGGGCACGGAGCUGCCUCCUCAAUUUUGGGGGUUCUUCCACCAAGGGGAUGAUUCACUCCUUGGCAAAACCCUCCCUGUGGCUCCAAAUCCCACCAGGACAGCACAGCCCUGGACGGAGGAGGAUGAAGGCAUCGCCUCCUGCCUCAGUUUUCCCAGCUGUACUUUGGUGGGAUAAAGCCUGAGGAAGAGGAGGAGGGUGAAGGCAUCACCUCCUGCCUCAGUUUCCCCAGCUGUGCUCUGGUGGGAUAAAGCCUGAGGAGGAGGAGGAUGAAGGCAUCACCUCCUGCCUCAGUUUCCCCAGCUGUACUCUGGUAGGAUAAAGCCUGAGGAGGAGGAUGAAAGCAUCAUCUCCUGCCUCAGUUUCCGCAGCGGCGCUCCAGUGGGAUAAAGCCCGAGGAGGAUGAAGGCAUCGCCUCCUGCCUCAGUUUCCCCAGCAGUGCUCCGGUGGGAUAAAGCUGAUCUGGGGAGGAUGGCAACUGCCCGGCUCAGUCCCUGGGGUUCCCGCUGCUGCCCCACAGCGCCGCUGUCGGAGCCCCCCGACAUCCCUUGCUUUCCCGUUUCUUUCCUUGCUGGAGCCUGGGGUUGGGCCUGGGAUGCGGAGGGGGUUUCUCUUUUUCUCUUUGCACAGAAGGGGGUGAGGGGCACCCGUCCUUUUAAUUUAUUUUUGA